AUGGUGAAUGCAGACCCAAAACCUUUCAGAUUAAAUUUGGAAAGGUUAGAAAUGGAUGGGGUGGUGGAGAUGAUCAAAGGGGCGUGUACUAAUUGUGUGGAUGACGGCACUAUGGACUUACAAUUACACAAUAUAUUGUUGAUUAUCAAGCGUAAGUUGCUUAACUGGAAGAAAGAAAAUCACUUUGAUAUCAAAAGGAAUUUAGAAAAGGUGUUACUUGAUAUAGAAUGUUUGGAUCAAAAUAUUCAAGAAAGUGGAUGUUUCACUGAACAGUUCUUUUUGGAGAGAAGUGAAAAAUUAAUAGAACUGCAUGACAUACGAAGAGUAGAAGAAAUUUAUUGGAGGCAAAAGUCGCGGUUCAAAUGGCUUAAGGAAUGGGACCUCAACAUCAAAUUCUUUCAUGCGAUUGUUAGUGCCAGAAGAAGGCAAAAUGACAUCUCUGGCUUGACUUUCCCUGCAAUCGACUCUGAUGAUGAUAAGGCUAUUAAGUUAGCAAUGAUCGACCAUUUCAAAAAGGUAUUUUCUAAGGAAGUGUCUUUCACUCCAAAGCUUCAUAGAAUUCCUUUUAAAAUGCUACCUAAUAAUGAGCAAAGCCAUCGGGAAAGAGAAGUGGCAUUAGAAGAGUUGAUGAGAGUAGUUUUCGCUCUUCUUGACGAUAAGGCUCUAGGACCAGAUGGCUUCCCUUUAGACUUUUUCCAUAAAUUUUGCUAG